CAUCCCUUACCACAAUGAGUGUUUCCUGGUUGCAUUCCCUAGAGCUGUAGAAAGUACACACAAAACUGCGAGCCUCAGGUAGGCUACAUUUUUUGCACUUUUCUUGGCAGGCACCAAGGACGCAGAUAUCACAAAUGGAGACUCGAACCGGCGAGUUAUAUUUGGAAAGAAGUGACCAUUUUGCAUUUAUGGAGAGCGGUGUUUUGUACGUUUGGGGCGGAUGUCAGUCUAGCUCUGGAACAGAAACUGUGUUACCCGGUGAUGAGAUUUGGUUUUACGAUUUGGACAGCGGAGUAUGGGACAAGUGGGAAAUGGACGGGGAAGUCCCCCCGGCCUUAUCAGGUGCCAGUGGCUCUUAUCAUAAUGGCACCCUGUACAUCUUUGGAGGCUGUGACACUAACGGACACACCAACCAGCUGUACAGUGUAAAUCUUAAAAAGGAGAGCUGCAUUUGGAAGAGAGUGACAGACACCAUAGGAACUGCCCCGUCACCCAGAGAUAAGCACAGCUGCUGGGUGCACAGAAACAGACUGAUUUACUUUGGAGGAUAUGGAUGUAAAACUAUUCGAGAGGUCAACAAUUCAAAGAGGUUCACAGUGGAUGACAUGUCUUUGGUGACAACAGGGAAUCCAUUCUUUAGGUUUUGGGGGUGGAACAAUGAGGUCUAUGUCUUUGACACUCUCACUUCUGCGUGGAGUGAACCAGAAACUCACGGUGUUGCCCCUGCCCCCCGAGCGUCUCAUGCCAGUGCCACCCUUUGGUCUAAAGGUUACGUGUGUGGGGGUCAGGAGACUGUGCACCUGGACCUCCAUUGUCUAGAUCUGGAGACCUGGAUGUGGACACAAAUUGCACCCUCCUCGUCAUGCAUACCCCUGGGGCGUUCCUUACACACCCUGUGCCCUGCGUCUGACCACACACUGUUCUUGUAUGGUGGAUUAGGUAUUACUGGAGAGCCAAUGAGUGAUGGGUGGGAGUUUGACACACAGAGGAGAGAAUGGAGAGAACGGGUUCACCCACACCGCGACAAGCCCAGGUUGUGGCAUUCCGCAUGUCUGGGCAAGGACAAUGAUGUGGUUGUCUUCGGGGGUUGCAAAGACUUCUCCCUACUGAUGGACUCGAUCACUAUCCUAAGGUCCCCAUUGCAAAACCACUGCAAAGACAUUCUUGUGUUCCAGAACCAACCAUACCCCCUCCUCAGAUUAUGUCAGGACUGCUUAGGACAAAACGCAGAGCUUGUGCAAGAACAAAUAACAUGGCUGCCACCAAAACUCCUGACAACCGUGAACAAAAAAGUCACCUUUUCAAGUAACUGUCCCAAGGAUAAAACACAGCUGGACUCAAUUUUAGUUUGACAUCAUAUAGGUUUACUCAGACAAAGGCUGUUUCCUACAAUUAUUCACUCUUGUGCCAUGUUUUUUUUUAAUCAGUUUUAAUCAAAAUCGAGCCCUUCUCUUUUUUAACUUAAAAUUCUGUCAGACAACAAAUGGAAGAGAUCUACCAUUAUAAUAUCGUUAAAAGCAUAUUUAAGUGAUACCAAUUAUUAUGUGAAUACUCUUUUUACAUCAUUACAGAAAUCAGGAUUGUUUGUUGAAAAAAAACUUUAGUUUGUUUAAAGUGUUUGAUCUUUUGGUAUGUUGUAGCAUAAACAUAUUUUACUGUAAACAAACAUAUUUUCCUUGUUCAACAAUGGUAACUAGUUACAAGGAUUUAUUGCCAAAUAUAAGUUGCUGCUGCUCUAAUAGAAGUUGGAACAUUUUCCGUUUUGGUUUGCAAAGGAAUCUAUUCCACACCCAAUACAUAAAAUAUUCAGCAGUUUACUUAAGAGAUUUUAAUAUGGCAUCGUGGAUUGGUCAUUUACUGUUCAACAUAAUGUUUGCAUAUUAUCAAUCGAAAUGCUACUGUUGUACUGUUCUUUGGUAUUGGUCACCACUUUUCAGGAGAUAUUUGAUUAUUAAUCGCAAAGCCAAAAUGUGUACUUGUCCAUGCAUGUGUCAUUAUUAUGAUGCUUACAUGAUUGUGUAGUCAUCAUCAUACCAGAUUUUAAAAGAGUAUAAUAAAUGCAAAUGGAGGCAAUAUCAGAUUGUGGGGAAAUGCCUACAUAUGGCAAUCGCCUUUCUGCUGUGACUACACAUCAAGGAAGCAAUGUAUUUUAUAGUUACAAGUGCAAGUGCUGGUAUUUGUUGGUAAGCAAAGGCUAAAAUAAAAAAGAUGGAAGAAUUUCAAUCAUUUCUAAUCAUAUUGAAGAAAGUGAAAUUCAUCAUCAGUGUAAAAUUAACUAAAUGUCAAAUAUGCCGAUAUUUUACUUGAAUAAAAUGUGUUAUGGUCUGGGUCUGCUAAAUUAAUUAAUCAAAUUGAAUCAAAACUCAUCUACCAGAAGGGAUUGUAAAAUACCAGAUUGAAAACGUAUCUUUCAGCAGUCAUUCUCUUCCUACUGAACAGUAUACAUCUCUACUCUUUCUCCAAAUCCAUAACAGUGGUUAAUGGACAAUAAUACAUGCUGUCAUAAAUUGGAGUAGUGGUUAUGUCAUUGUUUUACUAUUUGUCUGUGCUUAUGUAGUUUGUCUGUACCUAUGUAUGUACGUGAUCUUCUAUGUUUUUUCCUUCUUCAUUGUUUUUAUAUAACAUCAACUUGAAAGGGAAUGCAGAUGAAAAUGAGCCUGUAUGGCUAAAUCUGGUACAUUUCCAUGAGUUAAGUGCAUGUUAAUUAAUGUGAAUUGUCCAUUCUGAAAUCAAAUAAACAUAGAUGAAAUUA